CGGUCAUUCUACCACUAAACACUGACUCGGAGGUGAAACGGCACUCAGACGGGCCGCUCCCACUUGUCUGGUCUUGAGUCUAAUCGCGUCUGACUUCAAAUCUCACUGAAUCCUGCGUGCUCCUGUCGCCAAAAUACUGCAUGUUGGCCGCGCCCUUGGACUGUCGACCAAAUUCGAAUUGGAACAACCUAACAGCGUCGUUGGCGUCAUGAUGGCUUCCCAAGUCUUUCAGCUGGCAUGUGUUCGCGCGCAUAAUUGCUCUCGGUAUCGCUCUUGAACUCCCCCCAGUGAUGCCAGACGAAAUAGCGAUGGGCUGUUUGGUGCACACUCAUUGCCUAAGACUCGACACCUCGUACUGGAAGGGAACCGCGGUCAAAUAGUCGGAAUGCGGGAUGGCGGGUGGUCUCGUUAUCGCUUUCGACUGUUGGUGUGUCGCUCGGACCCUGGGGAAUCAUCGGACUACUCUCCUGUGUCGCCCACGGAGCAGAUUCCCUACUGAGAUCUGGGGAUGUGCUAGCAUCUCUGUUCGCUACGGAAUCGAACGGGAUGGAGAGGUACCAACGGGAAGGCUGCCAAGGCCCAAUCAUGCAGUGCUGCAUCGAGAUAGCUCUGGAUGAAAGUGCUUCAUGAACUCGCGGCGAAGACCUCUGUGCCAACCAACAGGUCAUGGUUAAACUUGAGUCUCUACGAGCCUUGGAUCAUGCACCCAUCAGCCUAUAUCGGGAGGACAAUGGUUUUCCAGGCUUGAUUGCGCACAUCCGGUGCUGUAACGUGACUCCAGUGGAUACGCCCGCGCUCGCAUUGUCGGGGGUAGGCGUGUCCUUUGCCUCUGCAUCACCACCGCCCAAGUCAUACACAUGUCUUCCGUUCCACUGGCCUUCGGUACCCAGCCGCGGCAGCCUUUGAUCGAAAGUUGCUACAAAGUCCGGACGGCACCGCCCAAGAAACUGCAGAACAGUCUGUUAAAGAGUAUCUCGCGACGUAUACAGAUCAUCCCAACCGAAUUCGACUUCCUACCAUCGUCGGAGCUGGCUCAUUCGUUCAUUGAGCUUUACAGCAUGCGUCAGUCAUCGUGGGAGGCGUCGUUCGAGCCACACGGAUCCAUGUACCGUGAGACAGCGCGCCCAGUUGUGAGGACGAAGAACAAUCGAACCAAGACACUAAAGGAAUUGCGCCGGGACCUCCUGGCUCUAAAGGCUCCGGGCCACGGGAACCAACCCGCCGUCUGGGGUAUCCGCCGCACUCAUCUGAAGUACCUGAAGCACCAUCGCAUAACUGCACGUCUUCCCAAUGUACCAACUAGGUUCUUCCGGUACAACGGCAUCGAGAACUACGUGUGGAAUCGGAAGCCCUCUCCUCUCUCAAGGCCGCUCUUGAUCGAAGUGGACGACGACAUUCCUCUGGCGCAAUCUCCCAGCGAGAUCAACUCUCCGACUGAAUUGACGCCAACGAUGACCGAGCCAUCCCCAGUUGAGAAAUGCUCACCUCAGCUAGAGGCUCGGCCUCGUCGUGCACGGAAGAAACCGAAUCAAAGGAAGGAGGAUGUCAGUCAGCGGUAG